AUGCUGACCAAGAAUUUGCAUGAUUCGGGAAGACGACAGUGGCCUUUUCGGGAUCUGUUUGCCAAUUCGAUAGAUACAUAUGUUUGGUCUUGGUAUCGAUUUGACGUGGAAUGCCUCGGCGACCCCUUGCGAAAAAUGUUGCUGGUGCUUCCUACGGUAGAAGUCAUGCAGCCAUUACAGAAUGAGAGAGAGUUCGAGUUUAUGGACACGAUCCGGCUAAAUGUCGCAUGUGGGCUAGAAUCAUGA